AUGAGCCAAGCGCCAGGCGAUCGAGAUGCGGGGCAGCGCGAGAAGGGCGAUGACGCUUCUCCAGAUAUGUCGGUCAACUUUGCAGACUUUCCUCUGGAUGCCACGUUGAAGUACAUGGUACACCAUGGCAUCGAGCCGCAUUAUCCACCGAGGAGCAUGAUCAGAGAUCCUAGCCUAGCUGAUGAGCCAGAGCCGCCCGUCCAAAAUCCACAAAACGAGAAGCAGACGGACGAAGUAACAGAGUCUGCCCCACUUACACGAUCUGCCACAGCACAUACCACCGAGCGUCACAGAGAGGAGGGCCAUCCCCACUUUUUUGACCGCGACGAAGAGCAUACACACCUCGCAGCCAUGGCGACCAAACACUACAACUCUCUGCCGCCACCAAAAGAGAUCGAUACAAUUGUGAACUUCUUGCACCGGUGCCACCGCGGCGACUCCCUGCUCAAAUUCUCAUAA